CCGAUUUCCAAUAACCAAGAAUAUGUAUAGUAGCAAAAAAAUAAAAUAAACCCUUUAUCAAAUCCCAAAUCUAGAGAGAGAGAGAGUGAGAAGAUAAACCCUUUGAUGUCCACAUUCUCUUGUCAUUUCUUCUUCUUCUUAAUCUUCAUCUCUCAGAAAACGACUUAGUUUCUUAACCAUCUCCACUUGCUUUAAUGGACUUUGAAGAAGAAAUUAAUCUUCACGAGGAAGAAGAAGAAGACGCCCUUUACGACUCUCCUCCUCUUCCUCCACCCUCCCGCGUCCUCAAGGCCUCCACUGAAAGUCCUGACACCGCCGGAACAACCUCAACCGGCGAAGGAGGAUUUAUGGUGGUUCACGGCGGUUCUUCCCUCGGAGGGGGAGGCAGGUUUAGAUUCCGUGAGUGUCUCAAGAACCAAGCGGUGAACAUAGGAGGACACGCGGUGGAUGGCUGUGGCGAGUUUAUGCCGGCUGGAAUCGAAGGUACCAUCGAAGCCCUAAAAUGCGCCGCUUGUGGCUGUCACCGUAACUUCCACCGCAAGGAAUCACUUUACUUCCACCACCACCACGCGCCGCCGCAACAGCAGCAUCAUCCUCCUCCUCCGGGAUUCUACCGUCUUCCAGCUCCUGUGAGUUACCGACCACCACCGUCACAAGCUCCUCCCCUCCAGCUCGCUCUUCCUCAAAGAGAGAGGUCAGAAGAUCGAAUGGAGACUUCUUCAGCGGAGGCAGGAGGGAUUAGGAAGAGGUUUAGAACUAAAUUCACGGCAGAGCAGAAGGAGAGGAUGUUAGGUUUAGCUGAGAGGAUUGGAUGGAGGAUUCAGAGACAAGAUGAUGAAGUGAUUCAAAGGUUUUGCCAAGAGACUGGUGUUCCGAGACAAGUUCUUAAGGUUUGGUUACAUAACAACAAACACACUCUUGGUAAGUCGUCGUCGCCACCACUUCAUCAUCAUCAGAAUCCAACUCUUCCUCCACAGUCUUCGUCGUUUCAUCAUGAACAAGACCAACCAUGAAUCAUGCAUGAGUUUCUUGAUCACUACUAGGGUUUUAAGUUAGCUGAUUAAUUACUUAAAAUAUUUGAGAAGAUUUUAUUUUUUAAUUUAUGUACUCAUUUUGGUAUUUUCAUGUUGAUGUUGUUGCUGAUGAUCUUUCUGGUUAAUUACGUUUUUCAUUUUGAACUUCUAAAAUAUCUUAUUAAACA